AUGCACGAAGACCUCUCGACAACUCUGGCGCUCGUCGGCGUCUUCGGCGGCCUCUCCAUCAUUCUCAUGGCUAUCCGCCUGUUCAUGCGCAAAUAUCGCAACCAGGACUUUAUCCUCAGCGACUAUUUGACCAUGGUAUGCAUCGUGUUUGUGCUGGCUCGUUCCGCGCUGACAACUGUCGUGUUGCUUUGGGGGAACAAUAACAUGACGAGGCCUGCGUUGAACCUAACCGAGACGGAGAUCUACCACAGGACGGUUGGGAGCAAGCUGACGCUUGCAAACCGGGCAGUCUAUAAUACUUACCUGUGGAUCCAGAAAUCAAAUGUCCUCUUGCUGUGCGAGCGUGUACUUUCGGGUCUUCCGGAACCUGAAAUGAUCGUGAAGGUUUACUGGAUCGUCCUCCUGGGAAGUCUGGCGGCUGUGAUGGGAACAACGUUCGGCGAGUGCCGGCCUGCGCAUCUGUACUGGCAGGUUCUGCCUGACCCUGGAGACUGCGUCAAAGCAAACAUCCAACUCGUCACCCUCGUCGCGCUCAAUAUCACCACCGAUGCGAUGCUUAUCCUGCUCCCGAUGCCCUGGCUGCUGAGAGUAAGGAAGUCAUGGUUAAAACGCCUCCAAUACGUCCUGCUCUUUUCCGUCGGCCUACUCCUUAUUGCCAUUGCAAUCGUCCGCCUUCCCGUCUACUCCUCCAGUACGAACCAGGUCAAUCGCAACACUUGGGGCUCUGUGGAGGAGUUCUUUGCUGCGGUGGCAGCAAACGUGCCGACGUUGUUCACGUUAAGGAAAGAUCCAAAUAAACACAAGCGUGAAGAGGAAUUGAGCCAUUCCAGGCCAUCAGCGAGGCCGCGGUUCACGCCAAACCAGUUCCAGGAUUCGGAUCUGUUUACAACUAAUGUAGCGCUCGACACUGUUGAACAAACAGGGACGGAGCCGAAGAGGGGACGGUCUCCGGGACGCGCAAGGGCGCGCUCACUGCCCGUGGGGGUUACGGCUGCGCCUAGUCAAGAAAAUCUGGUUCGGGAUGAUUCAUCGCAUGUUGGUGAAGGUGAUUAUGGCGAUUCUCACGGGGAAUAUGGGUUCGAUGAAGAGAGGAGGGGGAGAGGGAGAUGA